UCAGCCUUCCAGCUGGACCCUGCUGUCGCACAUCUCACUGCGUGGGGUUUAAACAAGGACACAAAACACCUGACGGCUGAGCUCUCCCUUAUUGCGGUUUUCACCAGACCACUCUUCCAACAAAGCCAUGAGGGUCUUCCUUCUGCUUUGCCUGCUGGUGUUAGGCAAUGCCAAACCCUACGAGCCAAUUGACGUCAUGGAGUAUAUGAAAAACUAUGACAUCAUGAUGGCAGAUUCAAGUGAUGAUGAUGACGACGAUGAUGAUGAUGAUGACGAUGAUGAUUAUGACGAUGAGAACUGUCCAGCUGGUUGUCACUGCUCACCCGGAGUGGUGCAGUGCUCUGACCAAGGUCAGAUCUCUGUUCCAGAGAAGAUUCCUGAAGACACUGUGAUGCUUGACCUCCAGAACAAUGAUAUCACUGAGAUCAAGGAAGAUGACUUCAAAGGCCUCCACAAGCUUUAUGGCCUGUUUUUGAUCAACAACAAGAUCUCUAAGAUUCACCCUAAUGCCUUCAAGAACAUGGACCAUCUCAGACUGCUGUACCUCUCCUACAACCUACUGACUGAAAUCCCUGACAACCUGCCGCCUAAUGUUGUUGAGCUGCGCUUUCAUGAAAACAAGAUCAACAGAGUCCAGAAGGAUGCAUUUAAGGGCCUGAGGAAACUUCAUGUGCUGGAGCUGGGUGCAAACCCUCUUGCCAACAGUGGGAUGGAGCUUGGAGCGUUCAAUGGUUUGUCAACUCUGUACAUUGGUAUGGCAGAGGCAAAACUAACCACCGUACCAAAAGACCUCCCAAAGUCCAUUACACAGCUGAACCUGGACUACAACAAGAUCACCAAGGUGGAGGUGGAAGACUUCAUUAGAUACAAAAACCUGCAAUGGCUUGGACUUGGUUUUAAUCAGAUAAAGUUUGUAGAAAAUGGCAGCUUGGCCAGCAUUCCAACCGUCCGUGAAAUCCAUCUGGACAACAACCGUUUGAAAAAGGUCCCACCUGGCAUCAACUCCCUCCGCUACCUCCAGGUGAUCUACCUCCAUGGAAACAAAAUCAACAACGUAGGAGUCAAUGACUUCUGUCCCAUUGCUACCGGCAUCAAGAAGAACCUAUACACAGGCAUCAGUCUGUUUGCCAACCCAGUUAAAUACUGGGAGAUCCAGCCAGCCACCUUUCGCUGUGUGACAGGAAGGAGAGGGGUUCAGCUAGGAAACUUUAGAAAGUAGGAGUAGGAAGUUGAAACCAAGCUUUUCCAACAGCUCUGGAGAACUGCCAAUUGCUGUUGAGGUAUAAGGGGAGAAUCUGGAAACAAUUCAGAGUGAUUAAACGAGAUAAAACUGCCUUCCUUACAAAUAAGCUGAUUAAGAAAUUAAUGAAACAACUUCCAGAUUUAGAAGUAUAUAACAACCGUAGCACAUGUUGUUGAAUGCUGGUACAAUAAACAAAAGUUUUCAGCUAUAAGAACGAAAAAAACACAAAACACUAAACUCUUGUCUUGAUGUUGCAGCAGACAAUAUUGCAGGGGUGGAGGAAACAAAAUAACAGCUAAACUUUAUAACAACAACCAACACCAGACCCCUACCUUUGUGAGGUAUAUCCUGUUAGUGGGACCUUUAGUCUUGUCCCUCACUGAACUUUCCCAGGAAUAAAGCGCCACCCUAUGGCCCUUUCUGAGAAAUGCCACCCAAUGACUUCCAUUGUAUUUCAUGACACAGUAUAUUUUGUGUAAUUUAAACUUUUUUGAUCAACAUGACGCAUUGCAAUUUUCAUUUAAUAUUCACUAUUGGCAGGAUUAGUAACAUAACUAUAAGAACACCAUUAAGUUAAAUUAGCAGCAAUAAAUUAAUUGGCAACAUGAUUUAGUGCAAUCAAUCAAUUUGAAGUUUGUCUUCAAGUAGAUGUUUUAUAUAUUCUCACUGCAUGUCUGUAUUGAUGUAACUAGGAGGCUCAGAGCUUCAUAUAAGACUGGAAUGUACAUUGGCUUUAAUUGAAACCCCGAAAGUUACUUUGUUACAUUUUAUUGAACCAGGAAACCAUGUUAUUAUUGAAAUUGUAAGAUAGGACUGUAAUUCUCAGUGUGGAAUGUAGGAGAGUAUCUUUCUAACAAACAUGUUUCCUCCAGAGAUCUCUCCUCUGAA